AUGAAAUAUCACUAAUUGUCAAAUUGCUAUGUAGAAGCUAAAACAAAAGAAUAUCAGAAUAGGAGAUUUCUGCUAUAGUAACAUCUUGGUUCUGGCUCAGAAGGUGCAGCUUAUCUUGCUAAUGCCGAGAAUUGGGGCAAUAAUCCUUAAUAAGUUGUAAUUAAAAUACAAAAGAACAUGAAAGCUAAUGAGAGAGAUUUUCUAAUAAAACUAAUAUAAUACUAAAACUAGUACGAGAAUGGAAACAAUUUGCAAUAUUAACCAAGCCAACUAAUAAAAAUAUAUGACUUUUUUGAAUGGAAAGAAAAUCAAUGCAUUAUAAUGGAAGUUGGGUAAGAAAAUUUAUAUGAAUACAUUGGUAAUAAAAUGGAUUUAUCAAUGGAAUAAAGAGUAAAAAUUUGUUUUUAAAUCUGUCAACCAAUAUAUUUUUUACAUUCAUAGAAAUUAGUCCAUCGGGAUAUUAAACCUGAAAAUUACAGUAAGGUAGGAGACAUUUUUAAACUUAUUGACUUUGGCUUGAUUAGGGGUUCCAUAUCUGACAACAAAACAUAAUAAGUUAGUAGUGCCAUUUUUCAAGCACCAGAAAUUUUAGAAAAUAGUAGUUCAUAUACAGAAAAAGUUGACAUCUGGUCUUUGGGCUGCGUUUUUUAUGAAAUAUUAUCAACUUAACCAUUAUUUGAUGGAUAAACUAUCCAGUAAGUUCUGACUAGUAUAAGGAAUCAUAAAAAUUAGCCAUUUAUUACUAAUAAUAAAAUCAAAAACUUAAAAAUUUCAUCAGAUGUUAAGGAAAUUUUAAUUAAAAUGAUCUAGUAUCAAGAUCAUGCUCGACCUACAAUAGAAUGGGUUUAAUAAAAAUUAAAAUAAUAGAUCAAUACACCACCCUUCCAAAAGUAUAAGUAAAUUAAUGAGUUAAAUUUUAAUUCAGUAAUAAGCGAAAAGAUCUAAGAUUUGUAGCCAAGUCAAAUCCCAUUUUAUUUAGAUUAAUAAGCUAUUACUGAGUGCAACACUGUAUUUGAGAAAUUGAUAAAGGAUGGGUAGAAGUAAUUUAUAGAUAUCUUAAACAACUAGAAUUAGGGAUACAAAAGUACUAUUGCUAAGUUAUAAACUGAUUAUCAAGCUUAAAAUUAAGUGAAUUAAAAUAAGAUUAAUUAAUAGAAUGAUGAAAUAAAUGAAAUGAUAAAAUAAUUAGAAAAUUUAAAGUAUAAUAUAGAAGAAUUAAGAAAAAAAAGAACUUAUGAAACGAACAAAUUUGAAUAAGAUUAUUAACUUCUGAGGUCAGAAUUUGAACAAUUUUAAUAGAAAAGUAAGUAAGAAGAAGAAAAAUUUAAUACGGAAAAUAAUCAACUAAAAAGUAAUAUAUAGGAAUUUGUUGAAAAUUUAAAUAAAGCUAAUUAAUAUUCAUAAAGAUAAAAGAAGGAGAACGAAAAUAUACAAUAAGAAUUUCAAAAAUUAUAAAUUUAAAAUUAAAAUUAUUAAAUAACAAUUCAGGAGCUCUAAGUUAAUCUAAAAGAAGCAAGUAAUCCUAUAAAUCAAUCUAAAAGUUUAAUGGAGUUCAUUUAGAAUUUAUAUCAACAUUAGAAGAUACCAAUACAAGAAUAAAUCUUUUCUUAAAACAAUGAAGAUAAAUCUCGAGAUUGUUUAAAUUUAUCAUAAAAUGUCAAUUUAUUUGAUUCUGAAAGAUAAAUCAACUCACACAUGAAAUAAAAACAAUUCAGUUUGCAACAAAUUAAAUAAUACACAUCGAUAAUACUUUAUGAUUUAAUAAAUUUAUUAUCAUAUUAGGUUUCUGCAAAUUAUCAUAAUAUCAAUAAUGAUUCAAGUAAUUAAGAAUAAACUUAAGAUGAAUAAAAGCUCAAUUAACCUAUAACACAAUCAUAAGAUUAUCCAAAAUAAUAAUAAUUAAAAGGUCAAGAAGGUAAUAUUGCAAACAUUGAAUAAUAAAUUAUUGAAUCUUCUGAAGAUGGUAUAAGUUAAAAUUUAGAAUCAAUAUAGGAAUAUAAGGAUCAUAUAGAAAAUUUAAAAAAUGAAUUAUUGAAAUAAGUUAAUUAGUAUAAUUAAUAACACAAAGAUCAAAUAAAUGUAUUAAAUAAAGAAAUCUCAGAUUUGAAAAACCAAAUAGAUAUUUUAAAGUUGAACUUUAUUAAAGAAUAACAAUAAUCAAAUGAAUAAAAUAUUAGAAUAGAAAAUAGAAACAAAGAUUUAUCAAAGUAAUUAUAAGAUUUAACGAAAUAAUUAUAAGAAUCAAAGGAAGCCAAUUAAAAAAUAGAAGAUAACAAUAAAGAUUUAACAAAAUAAUUAUAAAAUAAAUCAAAUGAAUUAUAAGUAUCUUAUGAAAACAAUAUUAAAAUAGAAAAUAGCAACAAAGAUUUUACAAAAUAAUUAUAAGAUUCAUAAUAGCAAUUAAAAGAAUUUAAAUAAAUUAGUAUAAAAGAAAAUUAAAGUUUGAAAUAAGAGUUAGAAAAUCUGUAAAAGAAAACUUAAGAAGACAAAGUAAGGCAAGGGAAGGAAGUUGAUGAAUUAAAAAGAACAAUAAAAGAGCUUCAAGAAAAAGAUAAAAAAUAAAAUUUAGAAAUCUCAACUCAAAAUAAAACAUUAUAAGAAUUCGAGUAGCAAAUUAAAUCUGUACAAAUAAAACUAGAUUAAGAAAUGAUCCCUUUAAAUAAAGUUAAAGCCUUAACUGAUUUCUUUAGAAACCCUUAAAAUCUAAAGGAAUUUUCUGAUAAGUAUUUCAAAGAAUAUAUGCAAUUAGUGGAAAAUAUAAAUUCAUGUUGUUGA